AUGGCGACCAGUGAGCUGGAUAGUGAUGUUUUCAGGCGACGAUUUCAGAAGAAAUUAGCAGAUCACUUUGCAGAUGAGUUAGAAACUGAUUUGUCAAAUUUUGAAAAGAACAUUCAGGAAAAGGAUGGACAGGCUACAGUGAGGAAAUCACCAUUUUGUCUACAGAAUAUUCUGUGGCUUGGCACUGCCGUUGCUGUGUUCUACUUCAGUGAUUUCGUCAAUGUCCUAGUGUAUGAUCUGCGCAUCCAGAGUGCAUGGUUCUGGAUUGGAGUUCUGUCUAUAGGGCUCCAUCUUUGCAUAGCUGUUUUUCUCGUGUUCUGGCUCACAUUGUGGAAGAAUGUCAGUACUGAUGAAUGGGAAACAAGAUAUCCUUCAGCUGUCCCUGUGGCAACAGCUUCCUUAGUUCUGGGAAUAAUUUGCUUGUGUGUUGGGCUGUGGCCAGUCUGGGGAUUCCUGACACCAGUGAUACUGCUAGUAUUGUUAAUGGGAACUGUUGUAGUUGUGGCAAUGGUUGGAUAA